AUGUUCAAUCGUCCAGGUGGUGGGCUGUUUGCACGCAGACGUCUCGUCGCCGUGGCCGACGCAUGGCUGGUCCGACGUGUGGAGGAGUUUGACCUCAGCCAGGCCGUCGGUGUCGGCGGGCUGACGGCAGCCGCCGGAAAUCGCGAUUCGCUCUGCCAGCUGCCAGCAGCCUCUGGCGGCGCUGCUUUAGAGGAAGCGGCAGCGUGGGAGGCAAAGCAGAUGGAGGCGGCGCGGCAUGCCAAGGAGCUGCUGCUGGCGGAGGUUGAGCGGCUAAGUGCAGCAAGGGCCGAGGGCAAGAAGGGCAAGAAGAAGAAGAAGAAUGUGGACGUGGGCGAUACGGGCGCCGCUAGGCUCAACGAGGAGAUGCUGUGCAGUUAG